AUGAAAAAAACCGUUCUGCCACUCCGGAGGAGCUCGGUCGAGUUGGUUACCCCCAAUCUGUCCUGUCGUGCUAAGACUAAUGUCAUGUUCCUCAAGACACACAAGACUGCCAGCAGCACCAUCUUGAACAUCCUGUUCCGCUUCACGGAGAAGAACAACCUCACCAUAGCCCUCCCAGCUAACCAGCUCGUCCACCUGGGCUAUCCAGAGACCUUCACAACUAGCUUUGUAGAGGAAUUUCGAACCAUAGGACAAAACUACAAUAUCAUGUGCAACCACCUACGGUUUAACCGUUUAGAGGUGCAAAAAGUGAUGGCAGAGAACACCUUCUACUUUUCCAUUGUAAGGAACCCAGUUUCUCAGCUGGAAUCUUCCUACGUCUAUUACAAGAAUGUUGCUCCUGCCUUCAGAACAUCCAAGGAUGUGAAUGAGUAUUUGGCAUCACCAAUGAGCUAUUACCGUAAGGGUAAUUACAAACAAAACAUUUAUGCCAAGAAUAACAUGUGGUUUGACUUUGGCUAUGACAACAAUGCAGAAGAUGAUGAAAGCUACAUCCAGGCAGUCUUGCAGGAGAUUGAACAAAACUUCCACCUGGUCCUGAUAGCAGACUACUUUGAUGAGUCCAUGAUCCUCUUGAAGCACACAUUAUGCUGGGACCUAGAUGAUGUGAUUUACUUUAAGCUCAAUUCCAGAAAAGAGGACACUGUCCAGACAUUGACUCCUGAGAGCAAGGAGAGGGUUAAAGCAUGGUGCUCGCUUGACUGGAAACUCUACCUGCAUUUCAACCAGACCUUCUGGAAGAGAAUUCAGGAGGCCAUAGGACUAGAGGAACUGGAAAAGGAGGUGAAUAGUUUGCGAGCAAGACAGAAGGAACUCAUGGAGAUCUGUCUCUCAGAUUGGAGGCCAGUAGAGAAGACUCGUAUCAAGGAUAAAAUUCUCAUGCCUUUCCAGUCUGGGGCUGCAAGUAUCCUGAGUUAUAACCUCAAUCAAGACUUAGACAAAAAGUCUCUGAGAGCCUGCCAGAAAAUAGUUAUGCCAGAGCUUCAAUAUAUGUCCUACCUUUAUGCUCUUCGGCAUCCACACAAGAAGAGGAAGCAACUAGGCUUUCCCUUGUUUUGGAAUAGUUUUUGA